UCACCGGAAAAAAAAUCCUGUCGCUGUGUGCAUGAGGUUGGCGGGCUGUUAGUUGUGUGCCUGUGUUUACUGUAUUUGUUUGAAAUUUCCUGCUUCGUCGCUGAGUACAAUCAUUUGCCACAAACUCCCCGUUUACUGCGGAGACAUUUCAGUCGGACACCUUAGCCCUGGUAGCCUAGCCAUGCCUGCCAGCGCUGGACCAAGCAGCCCCGCCGCUGCACUCGCCGAAGCGCUGGAAAACUCCGCCAGGCUGAUUGACAAGCACCUGCAGGAUGACCGCUGCUUCCCCGACCUGUCUGAGUUGCUCAGCGUGCCCUCACACAAUAUGCCGUCCCUCUCCGGCGUGUCUGACAUGGACUACCCCCUUCAGGGACCUGGACUAUUAAGUGUGCCAAACCUCCCAGAACUCAGUGCAGUUCGCCGAGUCCCUCUGCCACCUGAACUGGUUGAGCAGUUCAGCCACAUGCAAUGUAACUGCAUGAUGGGAGUUUUUCCUGAGAUUUGCCGAGCAUGGUUAACUAUUGACAAUGACAUCUUCAUGUGGAAUUAUGAAGAUGGAGGGGAUGUGGCCUACUUUGAUGGCCUGAUUGAAACCAUUCUGGCAGUGGGCCUGGUAAAACCAAAACAAGGGAUUUUACAGCCACACAUUCACUACCUCUUAGUGUUGGCCACUUCUGUGGACGUAGUGAUCCUUGGCCUGAGCUUCCCAAAGGGUCAGGCUGGGUUGAAUGACAGUAUGUCUGGUGGGAUGCAGCUGCUACCAGACCCCCUAUUCUCAAUCCCCACAGACAAUACCUACAUCCUGUCCAUCACCUCCACAGACCUGGGCCGUAUAUUUAUGGCUGGAAAGGAUGGCUGCCUGUAUGAGAUAGCUUACCAGGCUGAGGCUGGCUGGCUAAGUCAGCGCUGCAGAAAAAUCAACCAUUCCAAAAGCUCUCUAUCAUUUCUCAUCCCUUCUGUACUCCAGUUCUCCUUCUCAGAAGAUGACCCCAUUGUACAAAUUGCUGUUGACAAUUCUCGGAACACACUAUUCACACGAUCUGAGAAAGGGGUCCUGCAGGUGUAUGACCUGGGUGCUGAUGGGCAGGGUAUGAGUCGUGUUGCAACUAUGUCACAAAGCUCCAUUGUUGCAGCUGCUGGAAACAUAGCAAGGACGAUUGAUCGCUCUGUCUUCAAACCAAUUGUCCAGAUAUCUGUUAUUGAUAGAUCUGAGUCCUCAGAUUGUCAUCUGCUAGCUGUUACUCAUGCAGGAGUGCGUCUCUACUUCAGUACCACACCCUUUACCCCUCCACAACAAAAGCACAUGGCCGUUCGACCUAGCCUGUUAGCAUUAAUCCAUGUGCGUCUGCCGCCAGGCUUUUCUGCAUCCUCUACCUUGCAGAAACCUGCAAAAGUCCAUAAGGCAUUGCACAGCAAGGGAGUUCUGUUGAUGGCAGCGUCUGAGACAGAGGAUAGCGACAUUCUUUGGUGUAUUAAUCAUGACUCUUUUCCAUUCAAGAAACCCUUAAUGGAAACCCAGAUGAUGUCUAAUGUAGACGGGCACUCUUGGGCUCUGUGUGCGCUCAAUGAGCAGAGGCCAACCAAGGUUUUUAGUCUUCUUAACAAGGAACUUAUUCCUAUCACUGAUUCACCGGUGGUGGUCCAGCAGCACAAUAUUCCUCCUCAGAAGUUUGUCCUUCUCUCUGCAAAGGGGAGUCAUAUCUUUCAAAAACUACGUCCGGUAGACCAGCUACGUCAUCUGCUGGUGAGCUGUGCUGGAGGAGAAAGUGAAGAAAUAGAGCGCUUCUUCAAGCUACACAGGGAAGAGCAGGCAUGUGCCACAGCACUGAUCCUGGCUUCUUCUAGCGCUGCUUGUGACAGGGAGGUAUCGCAAUGGGCAACAAGAGCCUUCUUCAGAUAUGGAGGAGAAGCUCAGAUGAGAUUUCCUGCAGCCAUGGCAUCUCCCAGUACAGUUGGACCUGUGAUUAGCUCCCCAGCACCAGGAAUUGUUCCUCCAGCUUUGGCCACACCAUUUACCCCCAUGCAUUCAGCUGCUGCCCCCAUCACGCCCAUGGCCACUGGCCCAGAGGUGAUUUUCUCAGGGAAACACAACGGAAUUUGCAUCUACUUUGCUCGCAUUCUUGGUAAUAUUUGGGACGGGAGCCUUGCUGUUGAGAGAGCCAUGACCAAUGGAAGCCAGGCUGUUACUAUUCUGGAAAGCAGUGCGAGUUCAUCUGAUUUGGAGUCGGUCAUUAUGGAGCUCUCCGGUUUGAGGGAGUUUCUUGAUAAAAACUCUCAGUUCAGUCCAUCUUCUCUCGGUGCUGCAAGUUUUACAUCCCCUGGCAACCUUCAGCAAAGGCUUCUGGGAUUUAUGCGUCCUGAUGGAUCCAACUCUCAGCAGGUCCAGCAGGAGCUCCAGAGGAAAUAUCACACCAAGGCCCAGGUCUAUGAGAAAGUGUCACUGCAGGGGAUCCAGCAGUUAGUGCAUCGCUCCUAUCAGACUCUCGCCCUCUGGAAGCUUCUCUGUGAUCAUCAGUUCAGCCUCAUUAUGUCUGAGUUGCCUAAGGAAUUUCAAGAGCAGAUGAAGGGAGCCACUUUUAAGGAUGUAGUGAUCCGGGGCAAGGAGCUGUCUGGAGCACUCAUCACAGCGCUCAUUAAUGUCUACAUCAAAGAUAAUGCCCCCGUAGAUGCCAUCAGCAAUCACCUGCGGGACAUCUGUCCCCUGCUGUACAGCAGCGAUGACAGUGUUUGUUCCAAGGCUAAUGAGCUGCUGCAGAGCUCUAAGCAGAUUCAGAGUAAAACCGACAAAGAGAGAACUCUGAGAGAGAGUAUGCAGCUCUAUCAACAGAUCAGCCAACACACAGACCUGCCGCUUGUCUGCUCCCAGUACCGACAGGUGCGUUUCUACGAGGGAGUCCUUGAGCUUUGCCUGACAGCAGCAGACAAAAAGGAUCCACAGAGACUGGGUCCACACUUCUACAAGAAUGGAGAGCCUGAGGAGGACAGAGUAGGACAACAGGCCUUUCAGGAAAGACUGUCAUGUUAUAAGUGCAUCACAGAUACUAUGCAGGAACUGGUAAACCAGAGUAAAGCCGCCCCUCAGUCUCCUAGUGUUCCCAAGCAACCUGGGCCACCCGUCAUGACCUCUGACCCCAACAUGCUCAGUAAUGAGGAAGCGACAGCCCACUUUGAGCAGAUGCUCGGUUUGGCCCAGAGGUCUCAGGAUGAGCUGUUUCACAUAGCUCUGUACAACUGGCUGAUCCAGGCCGACCUCACUGACAAGCUGCUGGAGGUGAAUUCUCCAUAUCUGGAGGAACAUUUGAUGCAUAUGAUCAACCAGGACCAGAGUAAGGUGCACAAUAUGGACCUGUUGUGGCGCUACUAUGAGAAGAAUCGCAACUUUGGCAAGGCAGCGCAUGUGCUCGCCCGCCUUGCUGACAUGCACAGCACUGAGAUCUCUUUGAAGCAGCGUCUGGAGUACAUUGCCCGGGCAAUUCUGUCUGCUAAGAGUUCCUCCUGCAUCUCCGCUCAGGCGUCUGAUGGAGAGUUUCUACACGAGCUGGAAGAAAAGAUGGAGCUGGUGCGGAUCCAAGUACAGAUUCAGGAGACCCUGAUCAGACAGUACUCCCAUCAUCCCUCAGUGAAAAAUGUCAUCUCUCAGUUGGACUCUGAGCUCAUGGACAUCACAAAGCUCUAUGGGGAGUUCGCUGAUCAUUACAGAUUGUCUGAGUGCAAGCUGGCCAUCAUUCACUGUGCAGGACACUCCGAUCCCAUUCUGGUCCACUCACUGUGGCAGGAGAUCAUAGAGAAAGAACUUGGAGACAGCGUAGCCAUGAGUCCCGCUGACAGAAUGAGGUCUCUUAAUUUGAAACUGGUAUCGUUGGGAAAAAUUUAUGCUGGUACACCAAGAUAUUUUCCUCUCGAGUUCCUGGUGAAGUUUCUGGAGCAGGAGGUGUGUCGACUCAACUGGGACGUGGGAUUUGUCACCUCCACGAUGCAGGAGAUCGGUGUACAGCUGCCGCGUCUUCUGGAGGUCUAUGACCAGCUUUUCAAAACCAGGGAUCCUUGCUGGCAGCGCUUGAGGAAGCCUCUCCACCUGGUGGAGUGUAUCCAUGUGCUUCUCUCAGGAUAUGUUGAUGAUCCCAGCAGAGUACCCACCUACGACAGACGCAGAUUCACCAACGUGUGCCUCGAUAACAUCUGUGGAUACCUUGUGGAGCUCCAGUCUCUGAGUCCAAACGCUACCCUGCAGCAGACGAUUGGCAACUUCAAGUCGCUGCAGGCAAAGCUGCAGAAGCUCCAUUGACAGUAGUAAAACUAUUCCUCAUCAAGGUAAUGUCGGGUUCACACUGCUGACCCUGAGCAGACAGCUGAUUUUAAGUGGUUACAUUAUUAGUAAGCACAAUAUGAUUGAGUAGAGUGCACCUGCUACUGGCACUAAUAUCUCUGCGUUACAGCUUGUCCUUGGGUUUAAGUUUUCUAAUGAGAAAAUUAAGAGACACAUUUUAUAAGUUAUUUAUGUAUUUUGUGAAAUUCGAAACAAAAUGCAAGAAUUUGUUUUGACUCUGCCCUGUGUGCAAACAUCUAUGGUGGAUAUAGAUAGGUUACCAGUUUGUAAAAGCAUUGAAUCAUAUUUUACAGGUUGGGUUCCAUAGAGAAGAUGCACUUAACAAGAACUGAUUUUGGUUAAAACACAUCCAGCUACUUUUAUAUCAACGACAUUACUUUGACUCUCCAAAAACAAACAGCUCCGUGUGAGUUGUUGUAAUUAUGUACAUAACAUGGCCAUAAUGUCGUCUCAUCUGCCAAAGCUUAUUCUCUCAACAUUUACCUGCGUGUUAUUUACAGUGAACAUUUUGUCUGACGAAUUUAACAUUUUUGUGGCUAAUGAGUGACUGUUUGUUGUGAAUGUAGUACAUUUUUAACACAGUGCAGUUUGCAGUGCUGCACUGCCAACGUUGACCUGCGUUAAGGAAAUAAAUUUAUAAAAUGUUUUUUAUAAAGAAACAAA